AGAAUUUCUUCAGCUUGAGACCUAACAGAAAUUCCAACUCAUGAAAGAAAUUGACUAAAUUAUCAACGAAUAACUCUGUAAUGAAGUAUUCAAAAUACUCUAAGCACCCAGCUAAUUGUUUGAGCCCACUCAAUGCUCCAGAUAUAUCAAGAGAUAACAGCAAGUCUAAGUUCAAACCAGCAAAUGAAAAUGUUGCUAUGAGCAGCUUUUCUUCCAAAUCUGUGAGCCUGGAAGGCUCAAUACAUUUGAAAAAUGCUGUUCACGAUCAGAAUGAAAUUAACAUCGAGAGCCACUUCCAGUCAGAAAUCCAAAGCAUUUGUGAUGACAAUAUCAGUGAAUCUCGGGAAAGAAUCUUGGAAGGACUGAAAGCCGUUGAGAAUGGCAAUCAGAAAUAUCUGAACCAAAAUCCUUCCCAUGAAUCUGACAGAGUCAUUGACUUCUUGGAAGAUAAUUUUAACCGAGAUCUUCAGAUCGAAUCUUCAAGACUGAAGGAUAAUCUAGCUGUUGAUUUAAGCUAUGAUAAACAUAAGCAACUUAAAUUGUCACAUAGGAAUGGAACAAAGGAUCGGAAACUACUAGAUCUGAUACAAAAAUUCAAGCUCGAGAACACAGAACUUGUCAAUAAGAUCUCUUCAAACCCUGUUGAAAACACUAAGAAAAAGAAAACGAUAUUGUUGUUACUGAACGAACUACGGCAUCAAAUCGCUAAGAACUGUAAGGAACGAGGAGAUGUUCUGACUAAGUUAUGGAAGUCUUACUUUCGUGAGAUUUCUGGUGACCAAAAUCGUCAAAUUCAGCAUAAGAAUGAGUGAAUAAUUAUCCUGCUUCAGAACAUCUCUGACCUCAAGACUAGGCUAGAUGAGAAAUAACUUGAGAAUUAUGGAAGUUGAAGAAGUUAACAUAAACCUCAUUGAUGCAAACAAGGGCCUUCAGGACAUGCUAGAUGAAGCCAAAUCUAUUUACAACUCUCAAAAGCAGAAGAUCUUAGAUCAAGAGAGAAUCCAGAAGGAAAUUGAAGACGAGUUCUACUUCUGGCUCCCAGGCUAUGAGUACUACUCCAAAGACAAAAUUUAUAAAGAGAAAUUGGAGAAAAUCAACCCUGUCAGACAAUAUGAUGAAUACACGCAAGAUUUCGAAGAUAACAGAUUCUUACUCUUCGGUGAUGCAAACAGACUCCUUAAGGCUGUUAACACUAAAUCUGAGUUUGAGUUUAAGUUCCAAAAAGCCGAGGAGAUGAUCGAUGCUCUUGACUCAGAAAUCUCCAAUAUGAAGAAAGCUCAAUAUGAAUUAGGGGAAGAGGUCAAUAAAUUACAGGAAGUUAUCAAAGAGAAGGAUUAUGAGAUCCAUAAGUUGGAGAGACAGCUUGUAAAUGUUAAUGAUUCUUUAUCGUACGAAAAAGUUCACCGAUUCCACCAUGAUGCUGUUAGCGUUCAUAUCCAAACAGAUGAGGACCUUGACUUCCUUGAGCUUCUCAAUGGGAGCAAGAGAGGUCGUAACUGGCACUUGAAGAAGAAAAUGUCAAAGAAAAAAUCUCAGAAAUUCCAGAAACUAGAACGUGCCAAGACAGUUAACGAGAAUACUUAUGUUGAGGUUGAGAUUAACAAAAUUUUGAGGAAGACAAAUUUCAAUCCUGGACGGACAUCAGUGUUUAGCUUGAAAAAUUGCCUUCAAAUCUUGAAAGAAGCUUGUAAUCGAAGACUUGAGAUUUUCCAAGAGAAAAACUCAAUGAAGCGCCCUCCAGAACUCAGGACCUACCUGUAUGAAGAAAUGUUGAAGAGAUGCAAAAAUGAAAAGAUUGCUGUAAGACAGUAUGAGCAGUUCAUACUUUGACUAAAGAGGUUCAAGACUCAAGACUAUAGAAUCGAUUUAUUCAAAAGAUUCCUUGUUUAUGACGAGGAAACCUUUUCUGAAGAAAUAUUUGAAUCAGUGCUCAAGAUAUUAACGUAUCUGAAGCUUGACCGAGUAUUCUCUUUGCAAGUCCAAGAUGUAUACAUCCCACUAUCAAAUGCUGAGCAAUGAAUCCUGAGAAUCUUCCCGAACUCUCCAAAGAUACUCCGUAAUAAGGUCUUGAGUAGUGUCCAACAUUCCUGUAAGGUCUUCUUGAAUACUAAAUUGGUAACUAUUUCACGUGAUGAUGUUAAAUACUACAAAAUCUUAAAAGAAAUCUACACAACUAUCAUUGUCAAAUGGAACUCUUCAGUUGCAAAAGUCUUUAUUGAAGCUUUCAAGCUGAAGAAAGAGAAUAAAGGAAAGAUGAUCAUGAAGAAGGAUUUUGAAUCCUUCCUCACUAAAGUCAUGAAAAUAGAUCUCAACUCGAUCGAGAGAGACUCCUUGAGCUUUAACAACUUUUUCACUAAAUUCUUCGAUCCAAAGCAGAUAGGGUGCACAAAUUUAGCAUCCAUUUUAUCUGCUUUCAGGACGAAGGUAGAUAUCAGCGUCGCUCUGCCAAAACUUUUGUUCAUAGCUGUGAAUUAUAUUGUAGAAUUUGAAAACUUUAUUCAUACCGAGACUGAUAGAGUCUAUUCGAUGUAUGAAGAUCAUGAGCAUAAAGGAAUUGAUUACGAAAAUCUUGAGAAUGCACUAAACAAGAUAGCCUAUAAUUCGGAAAAUAUCUACCUUGCCCUCGCUGAUGUCAGGGAAAUUAAAGGCGCUAGUGUGAUGGACAAGCAAGAGUUCGAAAUUCUGACUCGAAAACAUAGAGUUUUUGAAGAGUCUAGUUAUCUUGAUGAAGCAUUCUCGAUUUAUGACCAAUCUACCAUUUUCAAAGCAGAUACCUCUAAAGACGAGAACAGUCUAGCUAAAGAGUCAGAUGAAUUGAUCAAGGAAGAAAAUGACUCUAAGGAAGAUGAUGAGGAUGAUGUCAAGAAGAUUACUACUUUUCAGAAGCCCCCUAAGGCUCAAUCUGCCCUUCUCAAGACUAUUGACAAGUACCAUAAACCAAUUGGGAGUUCUUAG